CGGCGCCGUCCCCUCAGAAGCCGGCGGCGCCGCCAUGGCGGCGGUACGGGAGGUGGAGAUCGACCCCGAGGGCACGUUCAAGUACAUCCUGGUGCGCCUGCAGCGCCCGGGCGGCGAGGAGCAGCGGGACAUCGUCCGCGGCACCAAGGCGGCCGAGUUCCACAAUCACAUAUUUGAAAAAGUAAAUCCUGAGAUGGAAAAGCUGGGAUAUGAAUGCAAGUGCCUUGGAGGAGGGAAAAUCGACCAUAAUAGCAAAGACAAGAAAAUUAGGGUAUUUGGGCUCUCUACAGGCUAUGGAAAAGCAGAUCAUUCAGUAACUGUAGAGAUACUGAAAAAAGUGUAUACAGAUUAUGAAAUUACAUGGUCAGAUGACAAGAAAUAAUGACAAGAAAAGAUGACAAUAAAUGACAAGAAAAAAUACUUAUCAACACAACAAGCAGUUCAAAACUGGUAACUCUGUAAUUUAUUUACAAUAAAUAAAAUUGAAUGUGUCUUCUUUGUAUGUUACCAUAAAUCUGGAGUAAACUGGA